AUGCCGUACCAUCGAGUCGCUUGCAUCGCGUUCGUAGCCGCCGCCGUCGCGAUCGUCUCGCAAAUGUCAUCAGUUUUAUCGGUGUUGGAACCCGAGUUCGCCGAGCCCAUUCCAAACGUUACGAUACCCGUGGGAAGGGAUGUCUCGCUGCCUUGUGUCGUCAGCAAUUUGGGAAAUUACAAAGUGGCCUGGAUCCAUAUCGACAGGAAGAUGAUACUCGCAGUGCACAAACACGUCAUCGCUCGUAUACCCAGAUUCAGCAUGGCUCACGAUGGCCAGAAGACGUGGCUACUAAACAUCAACGGCGUGAGAGCGUCGGACAAAGGCAUUUACAUGUGUCAAGUUAACACCGACCCGAUGAUCAGUCAAAUCGGUUACCUGCAAGUGGUCGUGCCACCAAAUAUAGUGGACGAUGAAAGUUCUACUUCAACUGUAGCUGUAAGAGAAGGCCUCAACAUAUCACUUACGUGCAAAGCAAAAGGUAAUCCAGAACCAAGGAUUGUGUGGAAAAGAGAAAAUGGAUUCAAUAUAACGGUGGAUAGAAGGAAAAAAGUCGAAAAGCAACACGGUAAUGUCCUGAACCUGACCAAAGUUAGUCGAGCUGACAUGGGAUCUUAUUUGUGCAUUGCAUCUAAUGGUAUUCCACCGUCGGUCAGCAAAAGAAUCGUUCUCGAUAUCGAAUUUUCACCAACGUUGGUGGUACCAAAUCAAUUAGUUGGUGCUCCAUUGGGCACUGAUGUCACCAUCGACUGUCGAAUUGAAGCAUAUCCUCGACCAAUAAGCUUUUGGUCGUUUCAAGAUUCCAGAAAUAUGAUAUUUUCUGGGUCAAAGUAUCAUUUGGUAACCAAUGAAGAUGGAUACAAAGUACACAUGAAACUAACUAUACGAUCUCUAAGUCUAGAAGAUUAUGGAAGUUAUAGAUGUGUCACAAAAAAUUCGUUGGGUGAAGCAGAAGGAUCUAUGCGAAUUUAUGAAAUUCCAAGACCAUUUCAAAAUCCAAAAAGUACGUCAGGAUUACUGAACGGAGUAGCACAUAUCGAUCUAAACAAAAAACAUUUGUUCUUACUGCUGUUUGCAUACAUAUUGAUGUCUUGGCCAUUUACGUGAUUCUGACAAGCUGUAAAUGGCAACAUAUGAUCUCCAAUCCAUUUGACGUGUGGUGAUGAAUUAUCAUUUGUACAUACAAAGUGGCACAAUUAGUUUUACUUGUGUGUUAGGGGUUAAAUAAAAUAUAAAUGUUUAGUUAGUAGUAAAUAAAAGAAAACUUGAUAUUUGUUUUGAGAAA